AUGCUGCCCGCCGCCGCGCUCCUCCGCCGCUGCGCCGCCGCCGCCGGCCUCCGCGCUGCCUUCCGCGGCCCCGCAGCUGUGCUGCAUGCCCGCUGCUACUCCCAUGGGUCGCAGGAGUCAGAUGAAGAGUUUGAUGCCCGCUGGGUGACGUAUUUCAACAAACCAGACAUCGAUGCCUGGGAGCUAAGGAAAGGUGUAAACACGCUCGUGGGUUAUGACUUGGUUCCGGAACCAAAAAUCAUCGAUGCAGCUCUGAGGGCGUGCAGACGGUUAAAUGACUUUGCCAGCGCAGUCCGCAUCCUGGAGGUGGUGAAGGACAAGGCAGGCCCGCACAAGGAAAUCUAUCCCUAUGUUAUCCAGGAACUUAGACCAACUUUGAGUGAACUAGGAAUCUCCACUCCAGAGGAACUGGGCCUGGACAAAGCAUAAACCUUGUUGGUGCAUUACCGGAGCAUUCUGCCCGAUUGUACGCAGUCGCCUCAAGUCAGAAAUGUUCGAGUAUCACCUUAUUUCAAAUAACUUUAUUGAAUUGCAAUGUAUGUGAUGUGGAGUUGGACCUAAUAAAGGAAAACCUAGUUUAACUGAG